AUGGCAGCCGAUAACCUCCAAGAGCGGAAAUCGCAUCGAAUGAUGCUGCGAGCCAUCAAAGAAUCCCUUGAACAAUUAAAUAACCCUUGUAUCUCAGGUGCUGACCUUACGGAUUUGGGUAUACAGCAAUUUUUGAUGUCAAUGUCACUAGAAAACAGGCCGCUCUUCUUUAGGCCUUACAGCGCUCUGAUCCAGCCGCCGGAAAUUGAUACCCUCAUCAAUUAUUACCCUGAGUUUGAUGAGUCAUAUUUUCGAAAUGCGGAAAAUCUGAGCUGGUAUCUAAACCAAUACUUUCAGAACUGCAUCCUGCCAAACCACGAUCUGAAUCCCCCUGGUUCAUCCUAUGUUGAUUUCGGAAGCUUCAAAUUUGGGAAGUUGAUGGAUGUAUCCAAACAUCCCCGGUGGCAGGUGCAGGCAGCCUGGAAUAUAGCGCACGCGACGGUCCCCCAUAUGAAAGUCCUGAUGUACAGUGGAAUAAUUGGAAAUAGGGAUGAACUCUUUCGUGGAGAGCUACUAGCCAUUAUUGAUGUGAUGUGUCGGCGGCUAAACACGAAGUCGCUUCGCCCGCAUAUCAUUGCUCCUGUUUUGUUGUUUUCUGUGGUAGGAAUGCACCAUAUCCGGGUCCUGGAGGCAUAUUUCAAUGGCAAGGAGCUUGUGGUGCGUGCCACUGGACUGUAUGACUUGGAGCACCGGAAUCACAAACUUUUGAUUCAGCUAUCAAAGUGGUGGCUGGGCCAUGCAAGUGAUAGGUCGACGAAAGAGUAUUAA